GCUCAGCCCUGCUAACACUCUUCUGGGGCCAUGGCAACAGUAGAUUAUAAAACAGUGUUCCUGAGUUUAAACAAAAACACAUUUUGGGAAAGCCUGCAUCUCAAGAGUGGCCUUGAAGACUGGGAUAUGGAAGAGGAGCUCAAACUUACCAACACCUGUGAUCAGCUCCCCCAAGCUGCUGACAAGGAAGUGAACCACCACAUGCUGAAAUGGCAGUGUGACCAGCAGGCAUGCAAGCAAUCUCUCCCCAGGGAACGGUCUGAUGCGCCUCCUGAUGAAUCAAAUGUGCAGCCUCAUCUAUGGAUGUGGGUGAACCCUAAUGUGGUUUGCCCCACUGCAAGACAUCUGGGCACGGAUGCGACAGAAGAUAGGAGUCUGUCGUCCUCAACAGCUGCUGACAUAAGCUUUUCAUCUCCAAGCCCUUCCUUGGAUUACUCCAACCUCGACUGCUCGGAGGAGGAUCUGCUGUCAUCAGCCAGCGAGGCAGAGAAGUUUACUGAGGAUGAAGAUGCUGCAUCUGUAGACAUCCAGCUCUCUCAGAAGAUGGUGGAAACUCCCAAAUUCAAGGCGAACCUGGCACCCUGGAAAGCAAAGGUCUCCAGAUCUCAGAGCAGGAAGCUCAAGUACACCCUGCAGGCGAAGGCCAAAACCAAGGAGAUCUGGCCUCGCCCCCCCCUUAAUUACUGCAUCCUCAUCACCCUGGCCCUGUACAACAGCGCAGAGGGCAGCCUGACUGUGCAGCAGAUCUACCAGUUCACACGGCAUCACUUCCCAUUCUUCCAGACAGCCCCAGAUGGCUGGAAAAACACUAUUCGACACAACCUGUGCUUCAGCAGGAGCUUCGAGAAAACCACCCGCUUUGUGUGCAGCGAGGGGAAGCGCAAGGCACGCCUGUGGAAGCUGACCACAGACGGGCGCAGGAAGUUUGAGGAAGAAAUGCAGGCUCUACCCACGGAGGCCCUCGCCUUGGUGCACCAAAGCAUGAACGAACCAGAGUUGAUGAGCUCUCUGUUCUGUCUAUGAUCCCUACUGGUCGGCUACCACCGAGACACAGAUCACAGAUCACACAGUUCUCAACCAGGCCUAUUUCCCCAAGUGCUACUACAGUCAACCUCUAAGCACCUGUAGAAGGGUGGGCAAACUGUGAAUGGAAGCUCUAGUGACUUCAC